AUGUCAUUCAAUCCGACUCCGCCACGGCCCUUUAUCGGCUUAUGGAAGAAUUAUGCCGACGGAGGGCGCCUCACGUUGACUAUGGAGGAGACACAGGCUGGUAUUCUCGCUUCUUUCCUCGUCAUAUUUGCGGGCAUCACUACCUUGAGCGGGUGGAACAUUGUGCGAUUCAUCAUGCACCAGUCCCGCUCCAGCGGCGACACGCACGACGGCAUGCAUCACCAAAUACAAGCCAUUCUGCGCAAUAGCACCGGUCUCGUCCAGGCCCUGCAAUUAAUAUUCCAAGUCGCCAAGGCGUGGCGCGCUCGCCUCGGCGUCGCCCCGGUCGCCAAACGGCUGUUUUUCGUCUUCACCAUCGUCUUCGUCUUCUUCGUCGCUUCGACGUUCGCCCAGCUCUUCAUCUCCCUUACUUGGUCCACGGCCGGGGCGCAGUUUCUUGUCAAAACCGAUUCGUGCAGCUUUUAUUUCCCGGAUGUUGAAGAUCAGCGAUUGAGGCCCGAUCAAGCGGAGUACAUCUACCUCAAGAGCCGCCUCGAGGCCGCCAUGAUGUACGAACGACUCUGCUACUCUGAAGGCGCCGAUACCAGCGCGCCCGAGUGUUCAACUUUUCCCGUGCCCACCAUCGAAAUCCAGCAGGAAGACGAUAGUUGUCCGUUUAUCGACCCGGGCUUGUGCAUCUCGAGUAAUAACGUUCCGGUGCAGAUGGUUGCGACGGUAAAUUCCAACACGCACCUCGGCAUUAACUCGAAGCCCGAAGAUUCCAUUGUCUACAAGCGGUCCGUCCGAUGCUCUCCCAUGCAGAAUAAUCGUAUCAUACCCCGGCCGGACGGGCUGGACUUCAUGUACGGUCGGUUCACGGGCACUCCCGAAACUCAAGCGACCUUCUUCUACUCUGACGCUCUGCGUCCAAUGACCAACUACCAGAUCGCAAACGUUAACAAUGUCCCCAGGCCAUCCAGUUAUGAUUCCGCUUCCUUUGCCAUCGGCGAUGAUGUGUGGGUGGCCAAUAGCACUAUCAUAGGCCCUCCCACCGAUGCCAACAACACGGCCUCCAUCUUCUUCAUCAUGACCAACAAUGUCACCAACGUCGUACCUACAAACGACCCCAUAUUCGGGGUCGAUCCAACGGGCAACCCCGUCAAAGUCCUCACCUGCAUCGAAACGCACGAGCUCUGCAACCCCAACCUGCCCUCCGUCAACAGCUGCAAGAAAUUCACUCCUGCCGACGACCCCUUCGCCAACAUGGACAGCCUCUCCCUGAACGAACGCCAAACGGGCACGGCACUGCGUGUGGCCAUCAACCUACUGCGCCAGGACAUCGGGCAGGUCGUCAACUACGCGCCGGGCGACAUCGUCAUGGCAGGGAAAACCGUGCUGUACGGCGAGCAGUACGACAUUCUGCCCGUCGACCAGUGGCGUCGGGAGGUGAGGCGGUGGUUCGCCAUGGCGCUGUACAUGCUCCAAUCCGACGCCGUGCAGUUCUCGACGCUGCAGAAGGACGAGACGCUUCAGCCCUAUUUCAGCACCAUCACCGACGAGCCGUGGCUUACCUCGUGCAAGAACCAACGCAUUCGCAACGCGGAGGGCGUUCGCAACUUCAACUUCCUCGCCAUUGUCCUUAUCCUAUCCAUUGGCCUCAUGAUCAUUGUUGUCGGUGCCUUCAUCGAGCCCGUUGUCGCAUUACUCCGCCGCAUGUUGGGCAGGGGGGAGGAAAGGACGCUUACCUGGGUCUUUGACGGUGUUUUGCAGCUGCAACGCCUCGCGUACAACGCGGUCGGUGUUGAGAAGUGGGAGCCCGGCGUCUCUGACGUGCCAACCACGGAUGAGAAAGUGUGGCCUGUGAUUGACCUGAAAGUUGUCGCUACAGCAGAAUCUGUUUACGAUUCUGAUGGGAGCCCGAUCAAGACGAGUCCGAUCACGCCGAUUUCUAGGGCUAAUUUGCCCUGGACACCAAGGAGGGAUGUAUACGCGUGA